AUGGAACUACUGGAGACGGCGUAUCCUGAGUUGACGUUCGACACGCCGGACGCUCGCCCACUCCUGCGCGCGGCCCUUGAUGGGUCGUUUGAGAGGCAACAUACAUCUGACCAAAAAGCCGAAGAAACCCGGCUGAAAGAAGCCCUGGCCGACACUCCUCUGCUAUCUUUCCGCUGCACCCUUCCACUCAAAGAAGCCCAGCUUAGAGUUCGGCUGCCGCACGACUACCCUGACACUCUCCUCCUUGUCACGAUUGAGGGAACGCCGCAGCUCACGGUGUCGGCGAGGAAGGCAAUAACAGAUGCCGUUACAGACAAGGCGACUAGGCUGUCGCGGGACAGGAGAAGAGAGCCACAGUGCCUCGAGGUGCUCGGGGCGGCGAUGCAGACAUCGGCUGAUUUGGCUGGUCGCGAGUCGACCGCGGGGCAAGCUUCACAAGCAGGAGGGUGCGACGAAAUCUCGGGAUGCGGCGGCGGCGGUAUGACCAGCAGCACAGCCCCUUGCUUGCCGUACACGUGCUCAUCGGAAGGAGAAGAACGGGACGUCUCUCAUCUUACCAACAGCGUUGGCGCAACGAAGAGCGUUAUAUCGAAGUCAGCGCAGCCUGAAGGAGAACCUGUUUUCCUUGGCAGGCGCUUGAUAUAUUCUCACCACAUCAUUGCAACGCAGAAGAGGGCAGGGAUCAUCAAGGCGGCGAGAGAUCUCAGGCUUGGGGGUUUCAGCAAGGUGGGCUGGCCUGGCGUGAUCGUGGUUGAAGGCGAAGAGGGAUCCUGCGAAGAGUUUGUUAGCACCCUGCGCGGUUGGCGUUGGAAGCACCUAGCAGUUCGCGGAGAAGAAAAAGUCCGAGUCCCGAACGGACGAGCUUUGGAUCAGGAACGCCUCUUGCCUGCUCUCCUCAUCGAACUUGGGGAAAAAGAACGAGUGUCGGUCCUCGCGAAGCACUGCAGAGAAGCAGGUCUCGGCGAGCUUUUCUCAACUCUUCUUCGAUGA